AUGAGCAAUAAAUACGAUUCAGAGGUUGAGAAGGAGGUACUUGAAUGGAUUGCUCAAUUAACUGGAGCCAAGAUCGAACGUGGUCGGGAAAAUGUCGCUGCUGCUCUGAAAGAUGGCGAGAUUCUCAUGAAACUGAUCAACACAGUGUAUGAAGGAACUCCAGAACUGCCGCCGAAUGCUGCCCGUCUUCGUAGGCCCUUCAAGGUGAACGCCUCAAAAGUCUCCUUCAAGCAGAUGGAGAAUCUAGAGGUAUUCAAUAGAGCUUGCGCAGCCUAUGGUGUGGGUAAAACAGGACUCUUCCAAACUGUUGACCUCUACGAAAUGCGGAAUAUGGGACAGGUCAUAAACUGCAUCUAUCAACUCGGAACUGAGUGCCAACGAAACAAUUUCAAUGGGCCUAAAUGCGGUCCCAAGCCAACCUAUGAAAACAAGAGAACAUUCUCUCCCGAGCAAAUGGCCAUGUCAAACACCAUUAUUGGCCUACAGGCUGGUUCAAAUAAGGGUGCUAGUCAGAAGGGCAUGAGCAUCGGUGCCGUUCGUCAUAUCGCUGAUAUUAAAGCAGACGACAUGUCAAAGGACGCCCAAGGUAUCAUUGGUCUACAAGCUGGUUCAAACAAAGGGGCUAGUCAAUCCGGUAUGGCUAUGGGCGCAAUUCGUCAUAUUGCUGAUUUACCUGUUGACGCAAUGUCUGCGGAAGGUAAGACGAUCAUUGGCCUUCAAUCGGGCUCAAAUAAAGGAGCAAAUCAAGCUGGUAUGGCUAUGGGCAGCAUUCGUCAUGUCGCAGACAUGAAAACGGGAGAAAUGACAGAGGGUGGAAAGACCGUGAUUGGUCUCCAAGCGGGCUCGAAUCAAGGUGCUAACCAAUCAGGAAUGUCAAUGGGAAGCAUUCGUCAUAUUGCUGACCUGAAAACGGGAAAAAUGUCAGACGAAGGCAAAAGUGUGAUUGGUCUUCAGGCGGGCUCGAACAAAGGCGCGAGUCAAAAGGGAAUGAAUAUUGGCAAUACACGCCACAUUGCUGAUAUGAAAAUAGAUGAUAUGUCAGCAGAGGCAAAGAAUUUCGUUGGUCUUCAGGCAGGAACAAAUCAGCUUGCUAGUCAAACGGGCAUGAGCAUGGGCGGAAUUCGUCAUAUCAAUGAUCUUAAAGUUGGAGAGAUUUCCGAGAGUGGAAAGAAGGAAAUUAGCCUCCAAGCUGGAUCAAAUGCUGGUGCUAAUCAAGCUGGCAUGUCGUUUGGUAAUCGACGCAACAUCCCCAGGAAGUGA